CUGUAAAUCAGCCAUUUUCUCUGCCUUUGUACAUCAUAUUAUUCAAGUCUAAACUAUGUUGUUGACUAAGAAUGUGCUUGUCGCAGUCACUUGCAUCGCAACUUUAUCGCUGGCAUCCAGCUCGUCCUCUAGCACCAAUGGGGAACUGAAAGCUGGAAACAUAGUUCAAACAACUACUUGGGACACCACAACUAUAGCUGCUGGGACCUACAAAACUGUUACCAAGUUUGUCAGCAAAUUUGCCCGAAAUAUGGCCCUUUCUAUCGGGGGAUGGAACAAGGGCGAUUGUCAUACCAUACAGGGGACCUUUGAGGAUGUGAAGUGGACAUAUUACCCUUCUAGGCCCAACUGUGGUACUUCUGGGCAGUAUGAUGAUGUCAUUGUCAUCAGGGCCAUCAAGGAUUAUCUUCAUAACAAUCAUGGGCAUAACAACACGUGUGCUACGCAGUGUCUUCGUAUGGAUGAGGGUGGGAGCUGGGAUGGAUGGUUGAAACUGGGUUCUACCAAUGCAUUCGAUGAACAGGCUUACUGUGGUCCCACCUUGACCUUUGACAGCUGCUUUUCUGGUUGCGAACAGGAUCUAUGAUUCGUCAUAUUCAACCAUGGAACAUCACUCUGCUCGUUGAUGGUGCUUUGCACGCUACCUCAUAUCCGCAGAUUGUUGUCGCGAAAAGUGAAUGCAUGAUAUAGACAAAAGUUCGUUGAUACUUCUGUCAGGACUUGGGAGUUAUGGUCAUUGAUCCUUCCUGUGUAUAUCCGUCCCAUCCUAUUGAUCGGAGCUUUGAUUCUGGAAAUUGGGCAAAGCGACUUAAAUAGAGAACCUAGAACUACGAAUGCGAUCGACUUGAGGG